AUGCCUCAGGCAUUGGACACAGAACUGACCAAGCAAUGUGCAGCUGCUAUUAGUGAAAACGGCGCAUUAAGUAACAGGGACUUUUUUCGAGAACAUCCUGUGCCCGACAGGCUCCACGGGUUAGUUUUCGGAAAUCAGCAAGACUCUACUACGCAGAGCCCAAUUUCGGAUCUUCAGCCAUGGAUGCUCCAAGCUCAAAAAACACGAAUUGUGCUCCCAGCCUACAUCUGUCCGCUCUCAGACGAACUCGACCAAGACGACCUUGGAUUUCUUCAUUACAAGGGCGCACUCUCUCUGCCAAGCAGUGUCUUACAAGAUCGACUUCUUGAGAAGUAUGUAUUGUAUGUCCACCCGUUCCUGCCGCUCCUGGAUCUCGAAGAUUUCUACCAACCCAUCCACGAUGGUGGAAAAUCGUCGGUCAAGAUCCCAUUGAUAUUGUUCCAAGCAGUCAUGUUUUGCGCCGUGCCGUUCGUCGAUUUGGAAUUACUUCAAGGGGAAGGGUUUGAUGACAGAGAGAAAGCGCGUGAGAAAUACUUCGAGAAGGUCCGGCUGCUGUUUGAUUUCAAUCUAGAGCUUGAUCCGAUGACGCUGAUCCGGACGUUGGUUCUGAUGACCUACUGGUAUGACAAUCCCGAGGAUAUCAAAGGGCGGUGGCAUUGGUCCAGAAUUGCCUUGUCCUAUGCCUACGAAAUAGGCUUGGAUCGAAACUCCGAGUUGACCAGAUUUACCCUCAAACAACAGAAAGCCAAGAAGAGGCUGUGGUGGUGUUGCUAUCUACGAGACAGAAUGAUUUCUCUCAACGAGCGGCGGCCUAGCAACAUUCGUGACCACGAGGCUGACAUUCCAAUUCUUGCCUCCGAAGACUUCGAUACGCAAUAUUUCUGUAGUCUCCUACGGCGAUACAAUGCCCGAUUGCCAACACUGCAAGUCGCAAUUGUCAACACAAUGUUCAUUCACUUGAUCCGGUUAUGCAUCACUUUUGGACGUGUUCUCAAUAGGCUGUACUCGCCCAAGGGGCAUCGGCGCUGGGCUUACGUCGAACCAAAAAUUGUGUUUGUCCCAAAAACAAGUGAUGCGGUCGUCGGUGAUGUUAUGAUCCUGGAUCAAGAGCUUUGCCAGUGGAACGAGCAAUGUUGCUCGACCCUUCGGCAACUAGUGGACACCAACUCCGAACAGGAAUGUAGUAUUGUUCUUGUGCACCAAGCCCUUCUUAACCUUCUCUACCAGUCGAUCCGUAGCAUGGUGCAUCGACCACAGGUCUGUCAUGCCUGUCCGGAGGAGUCCGCCGCGAGAUUGCUUCAGGCAUUUGCGCAACAGAGGCUGAGGGAAGCAGCCCAGGAAAGUACAGUGACAGCGAAACGACUGAUGCUGGAAGAUUUGCUCGAGCUGCUCCCCCCAAUAGGGAUCACCACGUUACUUUUUGCUGGCAUGCAACACAUGAACGACAUGUGUUCGCGCGAUGAAUCGGUUCGCAUCCUCGCUACGCAGCACUUUCGACUUAUCUUGACAUGUCUCUAUCGCCUCAGAGGCAUCUACAGAUCAGCACGCCAUGCUAUCGGCUUACUGAAGAUCGUGCAUCAGCGCAAGAUGGUGGAACCUUUCCCGAGUGAAGAAGAGGCGUCGUACGAGAAUCCGCAACCACAAAUCGAAAACCGUGAAGCCAAUGCAAGUGCAAACAUCAAUGUUGAAGACGGUGGGUAUGAGGAGGACGUUGACCAUACAAAUUCCGGCGAAAGGCACACUUUUCGAACGAGUCAUUGCAGGACCAGUUCAUCGGACCCAAUGCUGACUGGAGGUUUUGAUACACAGCCAUGGGAAAUUGAAGCAGGUUUGGAAGGUGUACUGGAUUGGUACGCGCCUCCACAAAGCCUACUUUCUACCUACUACGAAUUUGAUCAACUACUCGAGGGAACAGCGUUAUGA